GUCGUGGCCCUGCCAUUGGCAGGCGGGGCAGGUUUGAAUGUUGGCGGUUAAAGCUCCGGGACAAGGAGAAGAACAAAAGGGGCUCGGUUACUAUGGUGACUGGACACAGAAACUGAGGCUCAAGGAAGUGAAGGUUGUACAGCACGUCAUCAUUUUGGGAAUAGGGAGGCGAAAAGCUAGUCAUCUCUCUCCAGACCCUCAGGGAAGCUAUUGUAAUCUGAAAUGGUGAAAGAGGAUGAGAAAGUCAUUCCUGUGCGUGUGGUACUCCGCUGCCGCCCCUUGGUCCCCAAAGAGAUCAGUGAGGGAUGCCAGAUGUGUCUAUCCUUCGUGCCUGAAGAGCAACAGGUGAUUGUAGGCAAUGACAAAUCCUUCACAUAUGAUUUUGUGUUUGACCCAUCUGCUGAGCAGGAGGAAGUCUUCAAUACAUCUGUUGCACCUCUGAUACGGGGCAUCUUCAAAGGGUAUAAUGCUACUGUCUUGGCGUAUGGACAGACAGGCUCUGGAAAAACAUAUUCUAUGGGAGGGACUUACACUGCUGAUCAAGAGCAUGAACCUACUGUUGGGGUCAUUCCUCGUGUUAUCAAACUGCUCUUUCAGGAAAAAGAACGGAGGCUGGAAUGGGAAUUCACCCUGAAAGUCUCUUAUUUGGAGAUCUACAAUGAGGAUAUUCUAGACCUGCUGUCCCCAUCUAGAGAACGAUCUCAAAUCAGCAUACGGGAGGACCCCAAAGAAGGCAUAAAGAUUGUAGGAUUAACGGAACGGGAUGUGGCAUGUGCCCAAGAUACCAUCCUCUGUCUGGAGCAGGGAAACAAUUCCAGAACCGUGGCCUCUACAGCUAUGAACUCUCAGUCCUCGCGGUCCCAUGCAAUCUUCACCAUUUCAAUCGAACAGAGAAAGAAAAGUGACAAGAACAGCAGCUUUCGCUGCAAGCUACACCUUGUAGAUCUUGCUGGCUCCGAAAGGCAAAAGAAAACCAAGGCUGAGGGAGACCGACUAAAGGAAGGAAUCAACAUUAACAGAGGCCUCCUAUGCCUGGGGAAUGUAAUCAGUGCUCUUGGCGAUGAAAAUAAGAAGGGUGGUUUUGUCCCUUACAGAGACUCCAAGUUAACACGGCUGCUGCAAGAUUCCUUGGGUGGUAACAGCCACACUCUCAUGAUUGCGUGUGUGAGCCCAGCAGAUUCCAACCUAGAAGAAACCUUAAACACUUUGCGCUAUGCUGACAGGGCGAGAAAAAUAAAAAACAAACCGAUAGUCAACAUUGAUCCUCAGGCAGCUGAGCUAAAUCAUCUAAAGCAGCAGGUACAACAGCUGCAGGUCUUGUUGUUGCAGGCCCAUGGAGGGACACUCCCGGUGUCUAUCAAUAUGAAGCCAUCAGAGAAUCUGCAGUCCCUCAUGGAGAAGAACCAGUCCCUGAUAGAGGAAAAUGAAAAGUUGAGCCGAGGUCUGAGUGAGGCAGCUGGUCAGACAGCCCAGAUGUUGGAGAGAAUCAUCCUGACAGAACAAGAAAAUGAUAAGAUGAAUGCCAAACUUGAGGAACUCCGGCAGCAUGCUGCGUGCAAACUUGAUCUGCAGAAGCUGGUAGAGACUCUGGAGGAUCAGGAGCUCAAAGAGAACAUAGAAGUGGUUCGUAAUCUGCAGCAAGUGAUAGUCCAGUUGCAGGAUGAAAGUGCUGCCUGUGUGGCAGCAUCCAUGGAAGCUGUUGCUGAGAUGGCAAACUCUGAGCAAGAAUCUGACGCUCAAGCAGAAACCAGCCAGGACAGCAAGAGAUCCCCAGAUGCUUUCACCACUCAGCAUGCCCUCCGCCAGGCAGAGAUGUCCAAAGCACUGAUAGAAUUAAAUAAAGCCCUGGCUCUAAAAGAGGCCUUGGCCAAGAAAAUGACCCAGAAUGACAGCCAGCUGGAGCCCAUUCAGUCCCAAUACCAGACUAAUAUCAAGGGCCUGGAGUCAGAGGUGAGCAGCCUGCAAAAAGAGAAGGAAGAGCUGAUCCUUGCACUUCACACUGCAAAGAAGGAUGUUAACCAAGCAAAGCUGAGUGAACGACGCAGGAAAAGACUCCAGGAGUUGGAAGGGCAAAUGAAUGAGCUAAAGAAGAAAUUGAAUGAACAGUCAAAACUCUUGAAGUUGAAAGAAUCUACAGAGCGCACAGUCUCCAAACUGAACCAGGAGAUUCGGGAAAUGAAAAAUCAGCGGGUACAGCUGAUGCGCCAAAUGAAAGAGGAUGCGGAGAAAUUUAGACAGUGGAAGCAGCAGAAGGACAAGGAAGUGAUCCAGCUGAAAGAACGAGAUCGCAAGAGGCAGUAUGAGCUGCUUAAGCUAGAACGAGACUUCAAGAAUCAGGCCAAUAUCCUCAGACGCAAAACAGAAGAGGCAGCAGCUGCUAACAAGCGCCUGAAAGAUGCUCUACAGAAACAGCGUGAAGUAGUGGAUAAACGGAAAGAGAGCCAAAACCGAGGAAUGGAAGGCGCUGCUGCUCGAGUAAAAAGCUGGCUUGCAAAUGAAGUGGAGGUUCUGGUUAGUACUGAAGAGGCCCGGCGCCACCUCUCUGACCUUCUGGAGGAUAGAAAGAUCUUGGCCCAGGAACUCCUGCAGCUUAGAGAAAAGGGGGAAGCUGGGGAGACUCCACCUCUAAAACUUCGGGUGAGUGACACACAGGGAGUCAUAGCUGAGAGCUACACUCACUCUCUGUCCCCUUAUUGCUACACUGGUUCUCUCCUAUUUGGGUCUGUGAAGUCCUAUGACGAGUAG